AUGGACCCAUCAACCACCCACGGCGCGGUCGACCCCGCAUCCCCGGCCCCCACCCCGGCGCGGGACCCGGAGACCCUACCCUCGGAGCUCUUCUCCAAGAUCCUCGGAAACCUAGACCUCGCCUCCGCCAAGGAACUCCGUCUGUCCUCCAAAUCCCUCGCGGAGAAGUGCCUCGGUCCGGAAUUCACAUCCCACUUCGCCCACCAGAAGACGGACCUCAGCGCCUCCAGCCUCGAGGGCCUCGCGGCGCUGGCAUCGCACAAGGUCCUCGCGCCGGCCGUGUCCCACCUGACUGUCCUCUCGACGACCUUUGACCUCCAGGGCCUGACCAAGCAGGUCUCUACCAAACGUCGCACCGUGACCACGACCAAUGGGCCCAUUUUCUCUUCCACCGAGGAGCGCCUCACAGAGGAGGAGCUGAAGCGGGCCGAGGACGAGCUGGCGUGGUGUCGGGCGCAGAUCGAGGAGCGCGAGAAGCAGACCGACGAGUCCGUCAUUGACUCGCUCGCCUCUAGCCUCAAAGCGUUCGAAAAGCUCGACACCCUCGACAUCGAAGGCGCCGUAUCGACAGACAUGGGCUCGGGCUCGGCUCCACCACACACCAUCCGCGACUGGCAGUCCCUCUGGGUCCGCAACACGAAGGUAUUCCGCCUCGUCAUGCUCGCCAUAGCAAGAAGCGGCGUCCCCGUCAAGACCCUCACCGUCUUCCGCAGCACGAACCGCUGCAGCGUCCCGGCCGGCGACGUCACGGCCCUCCUGCCGCAGCUGGACGCCGAGCCGAACGCGGCCGUCGCGCUCGGCGCCGUCGAGAACUUCGCCAUCAGCGUGUCCACCCCGGUCCAGCUCGACGCCGCCAAGAUCGACGCCAAGGUCGCCACCCUCGAGGGCAUCGACCAGGUCUGGCACCGCGCCUUCGGCUCGAACACGGGCCAGUUCAGCGCCGCCGACCCGGAGGCGUCGGCGGACGAGAACUUCCCCGGCGUCGCGGGGCUGCUGGGGCGCAUGCCCAACCUGGAGGCCUUCGACGUGCACCUGUACAGCACCCUCACCAACGGCUUGUCCGAGGCGUGGUGGAAGAUGUUCGCGCGCAUCGCCGACGAGGUCGAGCUGCCGCGCCUGGAGCAGGUGAUGAUCCGCGGGCUGCCGGCGCGGGAGGACGAGCUCCUCACGUUCCUGCGGAAACACCACGGGAUCAACGAGCUGAUGAUCAACGAGAUGAGUCUGGAGUCCGGUCGGUGGCAACCCGUGUUCGACUACUUCGCCAAGGCCACGGCGCUCACGAAGCUGCACCUGGCGAACCUAUUCGACGGGGGCUACGUCGUGAGCCUCGAGCUCGCCGAGGGGCGGGACAUCGGGAGGGACCCGGACCCCCGGGACUACUUCCCAUGCACCGGCGGUCCUUCGAAGGUUUUCAAGAGAAGUUUUGAGGAGGAAACCAUCCGAGCUGGACUCGUGUUUAAGGACGAGCCUAUGGGUAGACCUCUUGGCUCGCCGCAGCUGAUGUGGUGGAGGAACAAGAGGAAGGCGGAUUUCGGACCUCCCUGA